AUGCGCACCGAGAACGCCUGGCAAUAUCGUACUGUGCGUACCACCUAUGACCGCUGGGAGUUGGAGCAUGGGGUAGGCUUCCACGUACAUUCCGAGACCGGCACGCUCGUCCUCGAUGACUUUGAAACGCCGAACAACUUGGCGGUGCUUGAACGCAGUACGCGCUGGCGGAUUGGUCGUUUCUCCCUGGUUCGCUACAAUAACUUGCAGUUCGUCAAUGGCUUUGCCAGAUAUAUUACCGCGGAUGGUCGGAACCUCGUCUUAGCCAGGCUCGUGCCACACCAGACUGACGCAAACCCCACUGUCGCACCAAGUUCUACAGUCGCCCUCCAGCCUCUCGCGUACAUGGAUGAGCGAUCAUGGGACUUUGCUCGUCUCGUGCCAGCGUCUACGGCGGAUGGCAUCAUGUUGGUCCACGCUGCAGAUGGCAAUGUCCGCUUUCGCUCUCCACCUUUCAUCGCGGAUAUCGACAUGGUUUCCUCUAUGCUCCAUGCACCUCCUGGGCGCUGUGACGGAAUCCCACACCUGAGUGAAAGCGUUGUCGCCGUCAUCUCCAAGAACGAGACAUCCAUCCUUGUGCGAGUCGGCAGCACAACAGAACAUCGAGCCACAUUCCCGAUGACGGUGUCAGUGUAG